UCGCGCUGAGCGAACACACAAGCUAAUGGGUUCUUGUGUCUCGCUCUCGUGCUUGCCGCCGUCGGCAGCAGCACCGGAGGUCGGGCAAGUAGCGGCCACGGCCAAGGUCGUGGAUCUGGACGGCUCCAUGGCGCAGUUCGCGGGGCCUGCAGCCACGGCGCGCGAGGCGCUGACGGGAAACGGACGCCGCGGCGAACCUUGCUUCGUCUGCAGCUCCGACGAGCUCCGCUUCGACGCGCCCGCCCGCGCGCUGGCCGCGGAGGAGGCGCUCCAGCCGGGGCAGCUCUACUUCGUGCUGCCCCUGUCCAUGCUCCGCCGGCGGCUGUCCGGCAAGGACAUGGCCACGCUCGCCGUCAAGGCCAGCACGGCGCCUGCUGCCGACGCCGGUCUUGCGGUAUGGGGAGGAGGGUAUGGGGCGGCCGGCAAGCGGCGGCGAACCGCGCGAGUGGCUCCACUUGUCGACGUGAGCAACAAGGAGAACCAGUCAGAGGGUGCCUCCUGGAAUCACCACGCGUACAGGGCGUACGGCGCACACAAGACGGUGUGCGUCGACGGUGAUCGGACGGUGGGGAAGACGAGACAUGGAGCUGGACGUCACGGAAGCGGCGCUCGGGCUCGGCAAUAUCGUGCCGGCGUGGAAAGGUUAAGCGCCAUUGCGGAAGGCAGCGAGUGACUCGUUGGCCUACAUCUUCGAAACACACUAUAUAAAUUAGUGGCAUACAAACAAUUUUCUCCCAAGUUGAUGAGGAGAGCCAUACAUGUACGUAUAUAUAGUGUGUACAGGCAGUUUUGAUUCUUUGAUGUAUUACAUAUAGAUGUAAUGUUAAUUUGGGUUAUGGAAGUGCAGCA